AUGGACCCAAACACCCCAUAUUGUCGCGAGCUGGCCUCGCCAGGCAUCUUCCAGCCUGUGUUAUCAGUCUUGAUCAUCAUCGGCAUCCUCGUUUCCUACCUGCCCCAACACAUCCGCAUCAUCGCGCGCCGCAGUUCCUUUGGCAUAUCACCCUACUUCGUUCUCUUGGGCACGACUUCAGGCACGUCGGCUUUUGCCAACAUCCUUGUCUUCCCCAAGACCGCCCAUGACGUCGCCUGCUGCUCGCAGCUCAGCGGGCCGGCUUGCUUCGCCGGUCUGCUAGGCGUGUUCCAGAUGGGCAUGCAGUGGCUGUGUUUCUUUUCCAUCCUACUGCUCUUCGUAAUCUACUUCCCGCGCGCGACGUCGCCCACCGACCCCGUGGCGUCAGUGUCUUCCACCCCGAGCGGUCCCACAUAUCGUACCGCACUCACCAUCACCGCAAUCUGCCUAUUGCAUGCAAUCGCGACACUCAUCAUCUCCGUCGCCUUUUAUCUGCGCCGGCCAUCCGCGCUCCCUGCCUGGGCGAACUUCCUCGGCGUCUUGUCUGCCGUCCUUGCGUCGAUCCAGUACUUCCCACAGAUCUACACGACCUUCCGACUCCGAUGCGUGGGAAGUCUGAGCAUCCCGAUGAUGUGCAUACAGACACCGGGAAGUUUGGUCUGGGCUGCGAGCUUGGCUGCGCGCGAGGGCGCCAAGGGCUGGAGUAUUUGGGGCGUGUUGGUGGUCACGGCCUGUCUACAGGGAACGUUACUGGUGAUGGGGAUCUACUUUGAAUACUUUGGUCCUGAAAGCAAACAGAAUGAGAAUGCGUCCGAGAGACUCGAGGCGCCUGCGCCGGAGGCUGUCAAUGCAGAGCAGCCUUCUGAAGAGACUCCGCUUCUGCAAAGUCAGUAA